GUCUCUUCACACUCCUGGUCGAAGAUUUUGGGGUCAAGGGAGUGCAGGUUGAAGAGAUUUAUGAUCUGCAGAGCAAAUGCCAAGGCCCUGUGUAUGGGUUCAUCUUCCUGUUCAAGUGGAUUGAGGAGCGCAGAUCACGCCGGAAGGUCUCUACCCUGGUGGAUGAGACGUCGGUGAUCGAUGAUGACAUCGUUAAUAACAUGUUCUUUGCUCACCAGCUGAUCCCCAAUUCCUGUGCCACCCAUGCCCUGCUGAGCGUCCUCCUGAACUGCAACAAUGUUGACCUGGGCCCCACGCUGAGCCGCAUGAAGGAUUUCACCAAAGGAUUCAGCCCUGAGAGUAAAGGCUAUGCCAUUGGCAAUGCCCCAGAGCUGGCCAAGGCCCACAACAGCCAUGCCAGGCCGGAGCCACGGCACUUGCCGGAAAAGCAGAAUGGUAUCAGCGCUGUGCGAACCAUGGAGGCUUUUCAUUUUGUCAGUUAUGUCCCCAUCAAGGGACGGCUGUUUGAGCUGGAUGGGCUGAAGGUCUAUCCCAUUGACCACGGGCCAUGGGCUGACGACGAGGAAUGGACGGACAAAGCCAGGAGAGUAAUCAUGGAGCGCAUCGGCCUGGCCACUGCAGGGGAGCCGUACCACGACAUCCGCUUCAACCUGAUGGCGGUGGUGCCUGAUCGGAGGAUGAAGUACGAGUCCAAACUGCACAUCCUGAAGAUGAACCGCCAGACUGUGCUGGAGGCCUUGCAGCAGCUUAUCCGAGUAACUCAGCCUGAGCUGAUCCAGACCCAGAAGUCUCAGGAUUCUCAGCCUCUGGAAGAGGCAAAGCCAGCCAGCAGCAAGACUGUGACUCCAGAGAGCACCCAUCCAGAUGGCACCGAUGAGCCCGCCAGCCAGGGCCACCCCGCGGCCACGCAGAGCCCACCCAACAAAUCCAAACCAGUGGCAAAGACGUCAGCGAGCAGUAUCAACGGGGCGCCUCCAGCAAACCCCAACCCCAUUGUGCAGAGGUUGCCAGCCUUCCUGGAUAAUCACAACUAUGCCAAAUCCCCCAUGCAGGAGGAGGAAGACCUUGCGGCAGGAGUGGGUCGCAGCCGGGUCCCAGUCCAACAGCACCAGCAGUACUCGGACGAUGAGGAUGACUAUGAUGAUGAUGAUGAGGAGGAAGUUCGUAACACCAACUCGGCCAUCAGGUACAAAAGGAAAGGGCAGGUAAAGCAAGAGCACGUGACGGGGGCUGCGGAUGGCAAGCUCUCCGUCCUCCAGCCCAACACCAUCAACGUCCUGGCUGAGAAGCUGAAGGAAUCUCAAAAGGAUCUUUCCAUUCCCCUGUCCAUCAAGACGAGCGGCGGGGGUGCCGCCAUGGCGGUGGUCACCCACUCCCAGCCCUCUCCCACCCCCAGCAACGAGAGCACGGACACUGCCUCCGAGAUCGGCAGCGCCUUCAACUCCCCGCUGCGCUCCCCCACCCGGGACCUGGUGCCCGUUAUCAGCCCCGGGCUGCUGCACCUCACGGAGGACGGUGUGUUCUGCCCGCUGGCUGUUGCAGAUGGGGGGAAAAGCUCCCCCGCUUCCAUCAAACCCGGUGAAGAGGCCCCGGUCGCAAUCAAACUGGACGAGAAGGAGGGCAGUGAGGCCAGUGACAGCAAAGAGAAGGUGGGACUUGGCAGGACCAGUGAUCACCCUGGGGGGGAAAAGUAUUCUCCCAAGGAGCUGCUGGCACUGCUGAAGUGCGUGGAGGCAGAGAUUGCGAACUAUGAGGCCUGCCUGAAGGAAGAGGUAGAGAAGAGGAAGAAAUUCAAGAUCGAUGACCAGAGGAGAACCCACAACUACGAUGAGUUCAUCUGUACCUUCAUCUCCAUGCUGGCCCAGGAAGGCAUGCUGGCAAGCCUCGUGGAGCAGAACAUCUCCGUCCGCAGGCGGCAGGGAGUCAGCAUCGGCCGUCUGCACAAGCAGAGGAAGCCGGGCCACUGACGGCCGGAACGCUCCCGGGCCGUAUAAAGCCAAGCGUCAGUAGCCUGGGAGUCAAGACUGUGAGAAGAAGCAGCUGGGCUUUGUGGCUUUGGGCAGUGGCACUUGGAUCUAUGUUACCCUUUGCCCAAGGAAGAGGGACCACAGCAACAAGCCCUCAGCAGAGGUGUAGCCUGGGGACAGAGAAAUUGGGUUUUCCUCUGAGCCCAA